UAUAUAAGACACCGGGAGUAGUGCGCCUUCAAGUGUCUGUCUCUCCGUUCUUCUGUCCAUCAGUUGGUCUCUCUGGUCUCCUUCAGCGCUGCUCUGUUUUCUCCACCAUGCUGGUUCCAGCUCUGCUCCAGACCUCCCUGGUCCUCUGGCUGGCUCAGCAGACUCUGCAAGGCGGAGUGAGACCACAAAGGGUAUCCUGGGGACGAGUGCAGCCAGCUCGAGGUGUUGGCGUUGGAGUACAACCUGGAGUUGCAGGUGCCCUCGGAGCAAUGGGGAACCGAUAUGGCACCAAAGCCAUGAAGACUGGAGUUGGACGUUAUUCUGGGGCUCAGCUUGGCGUUGGAGGUUACAGAUCUUAUGGAUUAGGAAGUAGAGCCGGCCUGAGGCAAGGUGGAUAUGGAGCCCAGGGAGCCUAUGGUGCCGCUUUGGGCACAGCGAUGGGGACAGGACAUGCAAAUGGACUUGGUUAUGGCCAGGGCGGAAAACGUGGUUAUGGCGCUGGCCUGGGCACUGUGCCAGGAUAUGGGGCUUUAGCCGGCAAUGGCUAUCAUGGAACCCGACCAGGUGUGUCUGCAGCAGAUUUGGGUGGACCUCAGAUGGCCAAUCUGGGCCGAGCUUCCCAAGAUCUGAAGAGAGAAAAGAGCAGAGCAAUCGGUCCCUCGUAUGGCGACAGAACUCAAGCCGGAAUCCCCGACAUGCGGAGAAGCGAUAAACCGACCGAUCCCUAUUUGCAGGAACAAACUGGCUUCAGACCUGCUGCACUGCCACACGGACGAGAGAUCAAAAGCAUGGAUCUUCUGGGCAAGUCAUCGAGUCUCAGACCGUUGACACCUCUUGACAAACCGAGUAAAGGUCUCAGUCUCGCUGCUUCACAAGCACACGGAGGAGAGAGCUACGAUCCUGCAGUCUUAGAAAGGAGGCGCGCGGUUAACCAUGCGCUGGCCACCAUGGGGGUGAGACAGCAGCAGCCUCCGGUCAAAGAUAACGCCAGGACUCCGGGUCCUGCUUCCUCUCACCUCCAAAAUGCAAGAGACUACGAUUCCACCGUCCAACGGAAUCAGCAAGCCCCGAACUGUGGAUCCACCCGUGAUUUGUUAGACAUGUUGGGAAUCCCUCACCAGGAGCAUCUGGGUUCAGAAACGCAGAGGACUCGAGGUCCGGCGCUUCCACCUCAUUUGGAUAAGGACGGGAGCCCUCUUGGACACGCGACUCCACAAGCACAAGGAGAGAGAAGCUAUCAGUGGCCUCGUUCACUAACUCAAGAUGGCGGAGGCAAUUCAUUCCCUCAGGGAACCAACGGCUAUUUCUCUGCUGUAGCAGAAGACCUCGGGCCUGUGGCUAAAGACAAAAGUGGACCUAGAAUCCGUGGGACCGUUGCUGUAGAACGUAGUCAUGACCCUCUGCAAGGAGGUGAGAGCCAUGGGCCGGUGAUCCCAGGUGAAGGGGGAACCCAAAGUUUAGGCAUCGCAGCAGUAGAAGGGCGUGAGGCCAAAACCUUUACUCCUGAUGGUCAGAAAGUGAAACACCUUUCCCUCGCAGAGCGCGAUGUCAGGGAGUCAAAAGCCAGAAUCCCAGGACAGACUGGGAGGAAUGACCAGGCAACAAGUUAUAUUGGCGGACCGGGGAACUAUCUGGGAGCAGGCCUGGGCGCCGGGGGCUACGGACCAGGUUUGGGACAGGGAGCAUACCAGGGUGCUGCAGCUGGCAAACACGCAGCUGCUGCUGGUCUUGGACAAGGCUACGGCGAUGGAGCGACGGGAUACCUGGGUCACGUGGCGGGCAACGGCUACGCAGGUUAUGGGAAUGGUUACAACAAUGGUCACGGGGCCGGCCUCGGUUACCCAUCAGAGUUAGCUGACGGUGCUGAGAACAAAUCAGGGAAGCGUGAAGCCCUCGGCACAGGAGGCUAUGCUGGACAAGGACAGGGAGCAUACGGAGCACUCGGUGCAGGACUCGACACCACUGGGGGGAAAUAUGGAGGAGCUCAGGUUCCUUACGGUAACGCUCCAGUGAUCCCAACUGGACUGGAGGGGAACGGUGGCUACCCGUAUCCCGCUCAGCAGCUCAACCUCGGUGCUGAAGGUGCCAAAUCCGCCAACAAAUAUGGUUACGGUGCACAUCUGGGAGCCACUCAAGACGCCUUGAGAGAGCAAGUUGGCCAAUACGGCGAAGUGAACGGCGCCCUUGGAAAUGGAUACAAAGGUGUGAAUAAGGGAAUGUAAUCGGCGGAUGGAGGCCCAGUUAAAACGUCGUAAACUAUUAAAGCUUCCGCCAAGGUUAUGAAUUCUGUGAUUCGUUGCCUGUGCACCCUCGUGUUUGUGUCCUCCCUGUCCUCUUUGUCUCUGUCUUUGACCGGGCUAAUUUAAACAUCCUGGGCUUCUUCAAGUGGACCAUUUCCAUAAUGUGUUAAAUGUCUUUUUAAAGCUUUGUGUGUUUGUGUGUGUGUUUCAGACCUGUUGGUUUCUGUUAUGUCUCUAUUUUUAACGUCCUGGUCUUUUUUCUUUUAGUUAACUUUUUUUUUUUGGCGGCCCGAUAGUCUAAUUUGUCAGUGCUGAACAAACUGGUGGUGAUGCACGGACAUACAUGUUUGUAAAGUGCAAGAGGUUUGCCUCAGUGUUUCAAAAUAAAUAUGAAAGUACUUAUAAAAUA